AUGAUGUCGUCUAUUUCUUACGAUGCCUCUGCUGCGACUGUUGCCACCGGAAACGCCAAGGCGCCUAACAAUGUUGCUUCUCUAACAGCUGCAGCUUACCUUCGCGGGGGAGUUCAGCACCCUGUGAAUCCCACUCCCGACAAUAGUUUUAUGUACCAAUAUACCGCGCCUCCACUGUCCUCCUCCCCGUCCCCUUAUCCAUCUGCGGCCCGUGAUCGAGCAACUCAGCCUGCUAAUUUGCCGGCGCCCUCCUACUUGGAAUAUGCUGCGGCUGCAGCUGCACAUUUACCUUACUACUGUCCCCAAUACCUCCAAGCGGCCGCGGCUGCAAGCGUUGCCGCCGCGACUGCCGCACAGUACACCCCAGUCGAUGCGGCGGCCUUCCUACCUCCCCAGCCCCAUUCCACCCCUUCCACUGCGAUAAACAAGGACUGCAGUUUCAAUUACCAGCAAGUGAUGUCUCCUCAGGAACAACAACAGCAACACCAACAGAGUGGACAUUACCUGAACCCAUCUACUGUUCCUCUGCCUUCCCAAGACCACCUAGUCUCCGGCACUGCUGUUCCGCCUCCGCUUUCCAGUAGUCGUUCCACUCCGUCUUCGUCGGCAGCCACGAUGAAUGUCCAGAAAAGGCGCUUCUCCUCGCCCCCUGCUGGUGGUAGCUCAGAGAAGCAGCCUACUUGCCAACAGAAUCCAGUGGAAUCAGCUCCACCGGCGGCAUCCGCACCCCCAGUUUAUGGCAUGAGUGAGCCAAUGGCUCAACCUCGAUGCGCAGAUGGAGUGGUAGGUAGUGGGGAAAGUCUCUACACCGCUAUGCUAGCAGCCGCCGCAGACCAACGCCAGCACCAACAACAACAGCAGCAGCAACAGAUGCAGCAACUCUACGCCGCGGCUGCUGCCGCUGCCGCCUGCUACCCUCCGGAGCUGCAGCUCUACGCGGCACCGCGCAUCCCCGAUCCCUACUGGCCGGGCUUCUCCAGUGCGUCCCCUCGUCACCUCUCGUGGUACAGCAGGGGACACCAAUUUACUCCACCGCCGCCGCCGCCACCACCACCCACGGCCCGUGAGGAACAGCCAACUCUUCAAGACUGCUACUACGAUCUGGCCACGGCAUUCCACAGCAUGCGGUUGUGCGGCGGUGGAAGUGGGGUCCCCAGUGAGCGGGGCACCUAUUCACCCAUCCAGUAUGCUACUGAGGCCGCUGCAGCCGCUUGGGGCUAUCCCACGCAGUCCUCCUCACAGACCUCCUCUCCGUUCCCCACGCUUUACGGGGCGCUCACAACCCAGCACCACCUUCACGGCCACCAACCUGCCGGUCCUGGGUUGAGGCUGCAUCAGACUGAAUUUGAUCCGGAAGAAUUAGCGCGCUUAUGUCCAGGGAUCAACCCGCCGGAAUUGGAUCCAAGUCUGAUCUGGCGCACCCGCUACUUUGUGAUCAAGUCUAAUUCCACUCGUCAUGUCAUGCUAUCGAUCCAACACGGCGUCUGGUGCUCCACUCUUGCCGGCAAUGACUGCCUCAAUAGGGCUUACCUCUCUAUGCAACAGAAUUCCACUACCUCGCAGUUUGCUGAUGUUGUGGUCUUGCGACCCUACUCUGUGGUCGCACCAGGCUCCAUCCAUUCGACCGUGGCUGUCACUGUACGGCGCCAGUACUCCCAACUUCCACAGGCUGCUCUUGGUUACCUCAUUUGUGCCGUUGACUUUCUCUGUGCCUUUAAACAGUCACCGAACUCGGCUGGAGCGGGCGGCAACGGUGGGGGAGGCGGCAGUGCUUCCUCUGGGGCUCCAGUUCCAAGCGGCGGUGUGGGCUGGUGCAGGCCGGGCCGCGUGUUGCUCUUCUUUUCUGUCAACACCUCUGGUUGUUUCUGCGGCGUAGCUGAGAUGAUUAGUCCUGUUGACAAAACCAAGCAACUCGACAUCUGGCAAGACAGCCGGUGGCGUGGCGCCUUCAAAGUCCGCUGGAUUUAUGCCAAGAAUGUUCCGAACAGACUGCUUCGUCACAUUCAGGUGGAAUCGUCCGAAAAUCGUGCUGUCACACAUCUGCGUGACACCAACGAAAUCUUGCCUGCAUCGAAAGGCGAGGAAAUGCUUGAGAUUAUCCACAACAACUGAUUUGAACCUCGGUCAAGUCUUCGUACCGAAUAG